AUGAACAUAGUAAGUCAACUGGAUGAAGAUUGUGCUAAAGUGAUUCAACAAAGCGAAGUAUUAAAAAGAGAUGUUCAAAGGUUUGCUGAUGGCUUGAUCAAAACAAUUCAAGCAAAAAUGCAAAAUAUAAUCACUACAGUGGAAGGCCAAACUAAGAAGUCCAUCGAAAGUUUGACAGCAAAAAGGAACGAGAUUCAGCAACAAAUUAAUGUUAUUGAAUCAUCACUGAAAGAAGCUGAUAAACUCUUUCAGAGAAGUACCAAUGCUGAAGUUGUUCAGCUUAAACAAACACUGCAAACAAUUUUUGAGAGGGUGGAUCAGGCUAAGGUUGUUGCUCAUGACCCUGAAACUCAGGAAGCUUUAAUGUUCAUAAAAAAUCAGAAAUUACUUGAUGUUGUGAACGGAGAAGAAAUCGGAUCCUUGAAGGACCUUAACAGAACAAAAGCAAGUGAAUCUGUGGCUGAAGGCGAAGGACUGAAAGAAGGAACUGUAGCGCGUAAAGCUCAAUUCAAUUUGAUCACAAGAAACGCAGAGAGAAAGCAGUGGUAUGAUGAGAAGGACCGUGUCACGGUAGAGAUCGAGGACGAUCAAGGACAAGAAUGCGUGACGGAAGUGAAAGUAGAGGACAUUAAAGAUGGAACCUACAAUGUUAAUUUUUAUCCCGCAGUUCAAGGUAUAUUUAAAUUGCAUGUUAAAGUAAACGAGGAACAAACUUGUGGGAGCCCUUUUACAAUAAGCGUAAAACCAUUUCGUGUAAAACCUGUUUUAUUUUUUGGAAAGGAAGGCUCGGGUGAUGGAAUGUUUCAGUAUCCUAAAGGGGUGGCAGUGAAUGAUAGGGAUGAAAUAGUCGUAGCUGACGAGUGCAACCAUCAGGUUCAAGUGUUUGACAGUAAUGGUACUUUCGUAAGAUCUUUUGGCAAGAAAGGUAAAAAUGCUGGAGAGUUCUUCCGCCCUGAUGGUAUAGCCAUUGAUAACGAUAGAAAAAUUUUCGUAGCGGACAGUUCUAACGAUAGAGUACAGAUCCUCAGUUGGGAGGGGAGGCACUUAGGUUCAUUUGGUCGCGAAGGAAGCCUUGAUAGUCAGCUGUCUGAUCCUCGGGGUUUAUCUUUAGAUAGUACUGGUAAUGUUGUUGUUGCUGAUAAAGGCAACGGAUUGAUUAAGAUCUUUACACCCGAUGGUAGGUUUGUAAUGAAGAUAGGUGAGCAGGGUUCAUUAAGUUUUCCUAUUCACUGUGUUCAGUGUGGGGAAUAUUUCAUAGUGUCAGUCUCAAGUGAACACUGUAUCAAAGUAUUUAACAGGGAGGGGCAUUUUCAGUACCAGUUUGGUAGACUGGGGGAAAGGGACGGGGAGCUUAAGUUUCCUCGUUAUUUGUCAGUGACUCAGUCAAACCACCUGUUGGUCUGUGAUUGGGGAAAUCAUAGAGUUCAAGUCUUUGAACUUAACGGAAAAUUCAUCGGGAAGUUUGGAAGAAAAGGCAGCAAGUUAGAAGAAUUUAGGGGACCCUUGUCAGUGGCAAUGCUUAGCAAUGGUCAAAUUGUUGUGUCUGAUGAUGAUAAUCAUCGAAUACAAAUAUUUGAAUGA